AAUUUUUCGGAUAAGGAACCAAAAUAAUUAAUCUUAUCGAUAGUUAUCAAAUUGGCAUCAGUAUUGUUUAUGAAGGGAUCAACUGAUAAGUAACAAUUAGUGAUACAAUUGUAAUUACGAGUUUAAUUACUAACCAUUUUCAGUGAAUCUUAGUUAACAAAAUUUUUCUUUCCAGUGCAAUUGUAAUAAAAAUCGUUGCUAACAUGGAGAUUUCUGUAAAAGGUAAAAAAGUUCUGGUAACUGGAGGAUCUAGAGGAAUCGGUCGAGCGGUAAUCGAGACUUUGGUCAAAGCGGGAGCAUCUAAAGUCUAUGCUGUUGAUAUAUUAAAGGAUGAAUUGGAUAAAUUAGCAAGCGAAGUUAAUAAUGUUCAUCCAAUUCCUCUCGAUUUGAAUGAUUGGUCAGCUACCGAAGAGACUUUGAGUAAACUCGAACCCGUUGAUUGUUUGGUUAACAAUGCUGGGAUUUGUUGGUUAACGGAACCAGGGAAAGUUAAGGAAUCGGAUGUUGAUAAAAUGUUUACAUUAAAUGUGAAAUCGGUGAUUAAUGUGACUCAAAUUAUUUCAAAUACAAUGAUUAACAAUCAAAUUAAGGGAUCAAUAGUUAAUACAUCAAGUCUUACGUCCAUGAAAUCAUAUCCUGGAUUUUUCAUCUACAGUUCAACCAAAGCCUCCGUUGAUCAUGUAACACAUAAUUUUGCUGCCGAAUUAGGGCCAAAAGGUGUUCGUGUUAAUGCAAUUAACCCUUGGAUUGUUAAUACGCCUAUGGCGACCUCCGUUUCCGUUGAUCCCGCUAGGACGGCCUUGUUAAAAGCGUCUCAUCCAUUGGGUCGAUUUAUCGAACCUGAAGAAAUCGCAAAAAUUGUUCUUUUUCUGUUAAGUGAUUGGUCGGGAACCAUUAAUGGGAUCACUUUACCAAUCGAUUAUGGAUCAAUCUUGUAAAAUAAUUUAGAAAAAUUCAACCACAAUUAACUUACUAAACGUAACUUUAUUGUCAACGGCAAGAACUGUUGUACUUUAAUAUACAGUCGUGAAAAAUGAGUUUCGAAUGGUUUUUAAUCAUUCGCGCAGGUAGUGACUAAAAUUAACAGAUUAAACAAUCAAGAUAAGAAAAAUCAAUGAGUAAAUCAUCUAAGUCUUAUCACUGAUGAUAAAGAUUAUCAAUUGAUUUUAGUAGCUAAGUUGCGCGAAUGAUUAAAAACCAUUCGAAACUCAUUUUUCACGACUGUAUUUGGGUGUAAUCAUUGUUCUGGUGUAAUUGUUUUUAGAAAUUGAUCAUUAUAGAGAUUGAUUAAAUAGACAGAUCUUUUUUUCCUUCACAAUUAGCUAACCAUAGUAACAAUCAACAUUUGAUGAUCCAAUUAGAAUGAUCCAGACAACUGUUUGAUUUUGAAUCAGUUUGAUAAUCUGCUAAUCAUUUAAUUGUUAAAAACAUCAGUUAUCUUUUCGUUUUCAAACUGAUUGUAGACUUAAUUGCUAAUCACUAUUGACAAUUCAACAAUAAAUCAACCAAAUAAUUCAUCAAA